ACGCCGCAUACAGGAUCACCAGCAACCGAGCUGGGUGUAUCUCGUAACUACAUACAGGAGAGUAUAAGAGCCAUGAGCCGCCCACCUAGAGAGAGGCACGCUUGACGCUCACAUUCGUUUUCCAUACGCUCUUUCAGUCAUUGACUUCUCGAACUCUCCAUUUUCCGUCAUUCUUUCUGACCCGUCAUUCUUUACAGACACCUACCAACCAAUUCACCAUGAAGUUCUCUCAGGUCCUCGCUGUUGCAGCUGCCAGUCAGCUCGCCUCUGCCCACACCACCGUCUGGAACAUCCUCGUUAACGGAAAGGAUGCCGGUGUCGGUAACACCCAGGGUGGAUACAUCGACUCUCCCCCUAACAACAACCCCGUCACCGAUGUCACCUCGUCUGCCAUGACCUGCAACGUCGCCGGCGUCAAGGCUGCCAAGUCUAUCACCGUCAAGGGUGGUGACAAGAUCGCUUUCGAGUGGCACCACGACAACAACCAGGCCUCUGACGAUAUCAUCGCCUCCUCCCACAAGGGUCCCAUCAUGGUCUACGCCUCGAAGGCUGGCUCUUCGUACUCGUGGACCAAGAUCUGGGAGGAUGGCUACAGCAACGGCAAGUGGGCCGUCGACAAGCUCAUCGCCGGUUCCUACACCGGCAAGCCCGGUCAGCACGACCUGACUCUCCCCAACCUCGCUCCCGGCGACUACGUCCUCCGCCCCGAGAUCAACGCCCUCCACGAGGGUAACCGCCAGGGCGGCGCCCAGUUCUACAUGGAGUGCGUCCACAUCAAGGUCGAGGGCUCCGGCACUGCCCAGCUCCCCGCCGGUGUCUCCUUCCCCGGCGCCUACAAGGCCACCGAUGCCGGUGUCCUCUUCGACAUCUACUCCGGCUUCACCAGCUACCCCAUGCCCGGCCCCAAGGUCUGGGACGGCGCCAGCUCCGGCUCUACCCCUGCUCCUGCCACCACCACUGCGGCCGCUGCCACUCCUGCUAAGACCACCACUGCGGCCGCUAAGCCUACCACCACUAAGGCUGCUGCUGCGCCCGCUAAGACUACUCUUGCUACCGUUGCUAAGCCUGCUCCUACUAACGCUGCUGGCGCUGCUGGCUCCGUUGCUAAGUGGGCUCAGUGUGGUGGUAUUGGUUACACUGGUGCUACUGCUUGCGUUUCUGGCGCUACUUGCACUAAGCAGAACGACUACUACAGCCAGUGCUUGUAGAGCGUCUGUUUGCUUGUCUAGGCGUCGGGAGACCUGACGAUGGACUGAACAAAAGUGUUUGGUAGUGUCUUACAUGACUAUAGAGCCGCCUUUUCGAUUCGAUUGUAUAUAUCUAAUGACGAAUGGACUUCGAGUUCUUGACCCCGAUACGCUGCUUUUUUUGUCAUUCUAUCGCCGCUGAGGAUCGAACGGAUUGACAGACUGCUGCUCAUAACCACUUAGCUGUCAAAGAUGCAGUUGGUCAUUGCUUCGUGAACAUGGACGUGCAUAUAUAUGAAUUCAGGUUAGUGUUUGGUUAGGCUGCUUCUCAACUGAGCAUAAUCAUCUCUCCGCUACCAAGAAAAU